AACACCCUGUACUACUAACGAAAAAUUCUUAGUAUCAAGCCGAAACAAACACCAACAGCAAACCUCGUGUUUCAACGCCAAGUAAUAACCUCAUCAUCUCCAAGAACCCGUCUUCGUCAUCCCCUCUACGACAAAAUUAGUAGAAACUCCAAUCAUCGCACACUCAGGCACCAACCAUCGCGUCCUCGGACCGGAUAUGGACCACCUCAUGUGCUCGAACCAUAGCACCACCCCCCACCAUAAUGGCUAAUCAAUCACAUCAGAUGUAGAGAUGCAAUUAAAAAUUGUAUGCAGUCCCAGAGAGUGGAAUAAAUGGAGAUUUGAUACUGCCGCCAUUGCCGACGGAGGAUGAGAUCGGAACCAAACCCCACAUUCCAUAUGGCCCAAUUGGUUGCUUCCAAACCCAGCCUAACUUCCUUCUUCCAUCUUUCUUCUGUCUUCCAUUUCCUUCUUUCUUUCGUUAGCAGCAAGUUGACUUCUGACCCAAAGCGACGCGGUGGCAGCUGCUCUGCUUGACUAUGGGGCCCUGCUUCCUUCCGGCUCAGCAUGAGACCACGAUAGGGGACAUGAACGUGUCAAUUCCUCUCUGGUUGGAAACUCUGACACUUCGAGGGAGUUGGUAAUUUCCCACCCAAAGUUCCGCUUAUUUUAAUGUCUUCAAGCAGAGCCUAUCACACGUGUAAAUCCAAAAGCAUCUUUUGGCCUUACAUUUUGACUUCCUAUCCCCACCACCAGAGGAUUUUCACAUUCCACUUCUUCCAAAUUCCUUCCUAAACACAGAAUUUGCACAGUUUUAUGCGGUUAUGUUCAGUGUUCUCACUACUAAUCCGUCUUCUUCUGCUCCUCUGCAUGAGUCUAUAAAGCACACACACUAAAAGAGCUUUCCUUCCAUUUUAGAAAAAGAAAAAUAGAGCAGUCAAUUUUAGGCAUGGAGGAGAAGAUGGAGUUGCCUGCAGGCUUUCGGUUCCAUCCAACGGACGAAGAGCUCAUAACCCACUACUUGUCUCCAAAAGUUAUCGAUGAUUCAUUCUGCGCUAGAGCGAUUGGUGAAGUCGACUUGAACAAGUGCGAGCCUUGGGAUUUGCCUUGGAGAGCUAAAAUGGGAGAGAAAGAAUGGUACUUUUUCUGCGUUCGGGACAGAAAGUACCCGACUGGGUUGAGAACCAACAGAGCUACUGAAGCUGGGUACUGGAAAGCAACGGGGAAAGACAAAGAGAUUUACAGAGCUAAAGUUCUUGUGGGGAUGAAGAAGACAUUGGUUUUCUACAAGGGGAGAGCUCCAAAGGGUGUAAAAACUAAUUGGGUUAUGCAUGAGUACAGGCUGGAAGGCAGAUUGUCAGCCUACAAUCUUCCCAAAACUGCCAAGAAUGAGUGGGUGAUCUGUAGGAUCUUCCACAAGAGCGAUGGAGGCAAGAAGGUACAUAUUUCUGGGCUUGUAAGAAUGACCUCCAACGGGGAAGAAACGAAGCCAUCGGAGUUACCUCCACUGAUGGAUUCUUCUUGUUCUUCUUCUCAUGAAGAGACCAGGAAUUCUACGUACAAUUCCCACGUGCCCUGCUUCUCCAACCCAACGCAGGACCAUAGAACCCAACAAGAUUUGGCCUAUGGUUCCGCCGCUACUCAGUUUCCAAAAUCCUCUGUUCCAAUGAUCUCCCCGAUCUCUCCAAUGGGUAUGGCAAAUUUCCACAACCAAAGUUCUCAGUUGAUGCCUGAACAGUCACUUUUGAGGAUGUUGGUGGAAAAUAAUGGAUGGCAGACGCCGGAAAGCUUGAAACCAGAGGAGAUUUCUGUUGAAACCGGACAUAAUAGUGAUAUGUCUUCAACCCAUGAUCAACUGCUUCACACAUCCUACGAGGUUUCAGAGGACCCAUCAUCAACUUCUGCAGGAAUAUUAAACCUUGAUUGUCUCUGGAGUUACUGAAAACAGAGUAUACAGAAUCUUCUUAGAGGUAGAGAUUUAUCUAGCAACUUUGGGUCUAUUUGUAUUUGUAUAGAUUUACUACCCUUUCUCGUUCAAGUAAGCUCAAGAUUUGGAAUCUAAAAUAACACUAUUUUAAGGCGGUUUGUACCAUAUGAAUCGUGAAGUGUAGUACUUAUAUCAGUGUUUUGUAUCUGUAGAUUAUUGUUUUCUUAGGUAAGAGAUUUGGAGUUAUUGAGCUUUGUUUGAUGUUAGGAAUAGAUCCCUGAAUCUCAUACACCAUCAUACAUGUACUGUUUUAUUAGAGACAUACCAAGUUUGGUUUCGCCAUCGAGUAUGUAAAGAUGUAAGCAGCACUGUCUUUAUACGCCUCAAUCACCUAGUUCGCAACUUAAUGAUUGUGGCACUCAUAAAAUAUGAAUGAACGAUAAUCCUUCAUUUAGUCGAAUUCAAUACAUUAUUAAAGCUGUCUUGUCUACCAAAUCUCACACGUGGCUAUUGUUAAUUGAUUUAAUCAACAUCAACCUUAUUACUUAAGGGAGUUGCAAUGUCAAACUUUUGGAUCUAUCUCCCAAUCCCAUCCUUUAUCCCUUGUGCUCUCUGCCUUAAAAGCAGGUUGAUGUUCAUAUGUUAGCCCACCAACCAGAAGUUGAUCAAUGAUUAACAUAAAUAGCAAUUAGCAAAGCACGCAUUAGAGUAGCUUGCGUGUCAAACAUCUGCUCAUAAAUGCCAGUCUCUUUCGCCCCCAUAAUUGUUUUUUGUUCGGAUUGAAGAACGUUUUCAACUCUGCUUUCAGGGCUUGGGAUCAGGUGGCACAUAACUCAGCCAAUCACAAAUCCUAGAUGAUUAGGUGUCGAUUUGUUUGGGUAAUCAGGUUUAAUCUUAUAGUGUUACAGUUAUCUUAUUAGAAUUAGACAUCAAUCUCGUGACAGAUCCAUACCCGCACACUAACUACAAUGCCAGAGUUCGAAUUCCAUACCAUUGAACGUUGGAGGUUGAUCUGUCAAUGCAAUGCACACUUUUUCGGAGUAGCCUCCAGCCGCUGCAUUUUCUCUUACCACGAUUGCAUAAUCCUUCAUCGCUUUCACGACCUUGGCCCCCAUGAUCUCACUGGCUUCGAGAUUAACAGAGUCAGCGAUCACUACGCACCACACUACGAAGCUGCCUCCUGCCCCCUGUUGUAUACUACUUUUUCCAGUUUCUUAGCUAGGGUUUUAGGGAUCAAAUGCAACACUACUUGUCACGCAUUCAUACUUGUACAAUAGUUGAUCAAAUGCUGUUUACAAAUCUACUAAGAAAGUGUACAUAUUAUCACUUAUGAUCAAGGUUGUCAAACCAGUUUAUACCGGUACGCCGGUUUCACAAGUGAAAUGGUUCUACCGUGGUACAACCAGUACAUGCGUCAGUUUAUCCCGGUCAUAACAAAAUUCCUCAAUACAAAUCUAAAUAACAUAAUUUUAAAUAAUCUUUAUAGAAUGUAAAUAAAAUCAAUUCAAUUAAACUCAUUAAUCUUUUCUCAAAUUCAACUCUGGUCAGUAAUUCCAAUUCAAGUUCUAUUUCACACAAAUAUGAAUUGGGAAAGUUCCCCAUUCUGUAACCCUAAUUGAGUGGAAUCCGUUACUCACUUUCCCUGGAUGCCCCUCCCCAUUAUCCCCUCCACUAACCAAAAGCAAUUUGAUUGCUUCAUCGAACAUCAACACAUAACAUUCAAUUAGAACAAGAAGUAAAGAGGCUUUUUGGAGAGCGCUCAAAUGAGAGCGGUAUGACCUUCAUCGUGACUCGUGCGUCUGCUUUGCUAGUUUUCUGAAUACACUUAUUUAUUACUG